AUGUCUUCCCGCGGCCACAAGAAAAAAGUGCAGGGUGGUCCUGUCCCCACCAAUCGUGGUGAUAUCGACAAUCAAGCCACUGAUCUGCAGCAAAACUUCAACAUACCGGAGCAGUAUGACGCUGGUGAUACCCGCAACAUGCGUGUACGUCGUAAUACCACCAAGAAACAAGCUCAAGAGGACACCUCAAAUGAAAAGCAGGCAAGGAAAAUCAAUAGAUAUGUCCAUCAAGCCCUCAGAAACAGGCAGGCACUCGAAGAGAUCAAUGGAUUUCAGCCUUUGGAUUCGGAGUCUCGUUUGGACCCAGAGUCUGAACAAGAAGAUUCAGAUCUUGAACAAGACGUGUUCACGUUCAGAGCUGUGCAGCCAAGUGCGACACAUAAGCCAAUGCCCACUCUACCACCGGUACCACCGACUCUACCCCCGCGGCUCACUCAGCGGACCACUCACAUUCCCUCAGCACCAGUGAGACGUGUGCAGCCAUCUGAUAAUGUUAUUGACCCUGCACUAUUAAGACAUGUGCGGCCAUCUGACGACAUGAUUGAUCCAACACUCUUGCCUGAUCAUGGGUCUCAGGACCAUGUUUAUUCACAGCUGGCUACACCUCAGCAAAAUGGACAGCCCUAUGUGCCACCAACCGACCACCUGAGAGUUGGGCAUGAUACAGAGUGGCCAGGGGAGUACGCUGACAUGUCAUCUCCAUCCGAAUCACUUUCAAGACGGCUGGUGAACUCAGGGCGAGGGCAUAGUAGUACCAGAGAGUUGUUGAUGUACAGUCGUGCCGAGUCUGAGUCUCCUGCAUUGCAGCACCCUCGUGUCCAUGCGCUUACACCUUCCAGACAGCCCCUGCUUGCAACAGCUGGAAUCAAACGUGCAGGCCAUCCUGCGCUCACUACCAUUGAGGGACUCCAACUCGUCAAAAAAGUCAAGAUGGGCGAGGGCGGUACUUGGGGGCGUGUGCGAUCAGCUGACUUCGACAAACUCUAUGCAUCAACGAUCCAUCUUGCAGUCGGACAUUAUCAAUCAAUUCUCGCCAAUACAACAAUUUAUCCUAAUGAUAUAGAGGCACGCGACUGGUCUGGCCAAGCAUGGGCGGCAGCUUGUCGUUCUCAAGGUGUUCGGAUUGAUUAUGAUGAGGAUGCUUAUAAGUUGAUCACAGAACGUGGCUCUAAUUUACGCAGUGACCUCAAGACUGCUCUGCGAGCACUGGUUGAGACAGAGUUUGGUUUCAAAAACGACAAAACUCCAGAGGCCAUCAGAUUCAAUGCAGAGCUCACAUCCACUCUCCUUGGAAAUCGCAAGCUCUUCACAUGCAAGAACCGCGAAGCAGGCAAAGGUCUAUUUGAAGCGGACAUCAUCCUCAAGGGCAUCACCAAAUGGUGCUAUGAUAGGAAGAACUCGUUGGGUGCCACGCUGUCAAGCUACUUCAAGGACACUACUACUGGUGGGGCGAGUUUGGGUAUCAUUGCGGCAGUCCUUACUGGGAUCGAGGCUUGUGUGGUGGAGUGGACCACCGGCACCAAGAUUGAAUCACGCUUCUACAAAGAGCGCUAUGCUGCCAUCUUCGAGACUUACUACAAAAUGCUAGUCGACUUUGAUGAGGGUACGAGACAUGCAGACAUUUUGCCCAAGAUUUGCAAGAGGCUUCUGAAACAUGCUCGGCGCCAUGCAAAUGUUCCCGAGGAUGCAGUUAGAGUGGGUGGUACAUCAGAGAACUUCUCAACUGACGAAUUCGCAGCGGCAGCGGCAGAAUGGGAUGGGCGUGUUGAGUCGGACGACGAGUAUUAG